AUGGCCACCUCAGAGAUGACCUCCAAAACUUUUAGUCUCAACACUGGCGACAAGAUUCCAGCCAUCGGCCUCGGCACUUGGCAAAGCAAACCCAACGAAGUGCGUGAUGCUGUCAAAGUUGCGCUGACUAAAGGCUACCGUCAUAUCGAUACCGCGCUCGCUUAUGGGAAUGAGCAUGAAGUUGGGCAGGGUAUCAAAGAUUCUGGGGUUCCAAGGAAAGAGAUAUGGUUGACGACCAAGCUGGAUAACACAUGGCAUCAUAUUGUCGGCGAGGGCAUUGAGAGUAGUCUGAAGAGCUUGGGGACGGACUAUGUGGAUCUGUACCUCAUGCAUUGGCCGUCCUCAACCGACCCAAAGGACAAAUCGAAGCAUCUACCAGACUGGAACUUUAUCAAGACAUGGCAAGAGAUGCAAAAACUCCCCGCCACCGGCAAAGUCCGCAACAUUGGUGUGUCUAAUUUUGGUAUCAAAAACCUCGAAAAACUCCUCAGCGAUCCCUCCUGCAAGAUCGUCCCUGCCGUCAACCAGAUAGAACUACACCCCAACAACCCGAGUCCGAAGUUGGUGGCAUUUAACAAGGAAAAGGGCAUUCACUGCACGGGGUACUCAUGUCUAGGGAGUACGAACUCGCCGUUAUAUAAAGAUCCGACGCUGUUGAAGAUGGCGGAAGAGAAGGGAAAGACGGCGCAGCAGGUGCUGUUGAUGUGGGGGCUCCAGCAUGAAUGGUCGGUCAUACCUAAGAGUGUCAGCCAGGCCAGAAUUGAGAAGAAUUUCGAGCUGAAUGGGUGGGAUUUGUCAAGUGCGGAGAUGAAGCAGCUGGACGGGUUGACGGAUCGAUUCAAGGUUUGUGGAGAUGGGUGGUUGCCUAUCAAGGUAUUUCAUGGAGAUGAUGAGUAG